AAGAAGAAGAAGAAGAAGAAGAAGAAGAAGAAGAAGAAGGUUCCGACUUCUUUCCUGUUCUCCGGUUAGCUGUCCCCCUGAAAAUGAAAAUGCCUACACUCCAGUUACUGAGAACGUACGUCAACCAGCGCCUGACUGUGGCUGUUGAAGAUAUAAUCGAGAUGUUUGAAAGAACCAUAACCGAGUACGAGGAGGAAAUGUAUCGCCAGCGCAGGCUGCUGGGAGCUGAGCAGUCCGGCGGCGGCGCCGCCAAGACAGUGUUCAGCAACCAAACAGGUGUGUCUCAGGAAAUCCAGCCGCUGGUUAUCAAUCCAAAGGUUCCCCCUGAACAGCAGGAGUGGGGCCCUGGUCCGGACCCGGAGGAGCCCCCGGAGCCCCCGCACAUUAAAGAGGAACCAGAGGAGGUCUGGAUCAGACAGGGGCUUCAGCGGCUGGAGGGGGCUGACAUCCCAGAGUUCCAGUUCCCUGCAGUGUCUGUAAAACGUGAAGACGAUGACGAGAAACCUCACUCCGCAGUGCUCCAUCAAAGGCAAACGGAGGAGCCCAGAGAGGCAGACCCUCCAGCUCAGCAGACAGGAGCCGGGGCCGCCGUCCGCAACUGUGACGCGUCAGAAGCGGCCUUUGACUUGGACGCGGCCGUUUUUUUAAAAGCGGCGAGCGACGGCCAGUUUUUCCUCUCGCAGUGUUUUGAAACUGAGACCGAAGCCUCGGACGACGGCUGGAAGCACGCGAUCGAGCCUCAGCCGCCCUGCGACCCGCUGAAAGACAGCGAAGCCGCGUCUCCUCCGAGAGCUCACGGUCAGGGGGAAGUCUAUAAAUGCCCGGCGUGUAGCAAAACCUUUAAGCACCACACGGAUCUGCAGAGGCACGUCACAAGCCACACAGGGGAGAGGCCGUUUGACUGUGCCGAGUGUGGCAAGACGUUCCGGCACAAGGGAAGUUUGCACAUACACAUGAGGAAACACACAGGAGAGAAGCCUUUUCGUUGCCUAGUUUGCGGAAAGAACUUCACCCAGAGCGGAACGUUGGCCGCGCACGUGAGGAUUCACACCGGAGAGAAGCCUUUCAGCUGCUCGGUGUGUAACAAAAGGUACAAUGAGAGAGGGACACUGGCGCGACACAUGAGGGUCCACACCGGAGAGAAGCCGUUCACGUGCUCGCUGUGCGGUAAACGAUUCAGCGAGAAGGGCAAUCUGACUAAACACAAGAGACUCCACACGGGGGAGAAACCGUUCAGUUGCCGUGCAUGUGAGAAGAAUUUUAGUUUGCUGUCGCACCUCCGAAACCACAAAUGUCCCGGUGAGAAGAGCGGUGGAACUGUAGAGCAGCCGCUUCAGCUGAAAUCGUAGACCGUCAAGUGAUUUUAAGAAAAAAAAAGAAUGUAAUUCUUUGAAUGCUUUGUGAUUUACAGUUGUUUCACUCCCAGAGUUUCCGCGGGGUCUUCAAAAAGUCUAAAAACUUCAAAGUCAAAAUGUUAGGCCUUUUUAAAAGGUCGUAUAUUCACUGACGUGUUGUGUUUUAUGCCUUAAAUAAUUUUGAACUCGUCUUAAUUUUCCUACGUCCAUGUAACGCUACCUCCUAAUGCUCAUUGAAAUGCUACCGCAGCACUUUUUAAUUUUUUUAUUCCGUGGUGUUGUAGUUCUUUCCUUCACUAGUCCAAAAAUGAUCCCAUGUAUUUCAUUACAAAUGAGACCAACACGCAACUUGUGAUGUUGACUUAUUUUGUCAGCUUUCGUGUUAUCGGCGCGAGUCUCCUGGGGAUUGUACCACAGACUCAUUUCAGACGUUUCCAUAAUAUAGGUCUUGAAUUUCAUUCGUAAUGGUCUAAAAAAGGCUUAAAUUUGACUUUGUGAAACCUGCAACCCUGUCUCCUAGCCUUUAAUCCCUAAUCACACACACACAUGCGCGACUGCAAUCGGCUAACUUGUUGCUCUCGCCACCAAAUAUAACGUUUCACACAAUAUAAGGCUUUUUCCUCGCCAUCGCGAUAUCAACCGCUGCAGUAAACGCAUGGCGAAAGGCUUGCGACCUAUCGGGAAAGACACUCCGAAAUUUUGUGUAAAUUGAAAGCAAUUAUCAGCAGAAAACAAACUGCACUUUAAAAAGUAAAUGCUCCUUCUUUUAGUGGUGCCUUUUUUUUUUUUUUUUUUAUAUAUAUUCAAUUGAACCCUAUCUGUGAAUUGUAUUUUGAUGACCGACGGUUUUAAUACAAGUGCUUGUUUUGAAGAAACAACUCGCACAGCCCAAAAAUUCUAAUGUGCAGGCGCGUUGGAAAAUAUCAGCAACUUAACGCACUCUGCCCUUUACUCUUCACCGUUUGUUUACAAAAAAAUUGUUUCGGUCCCUCCGCACCUUCGUCAAGAGUCUGACUCUUAAACAGGAGAGUCAGACCGAGAUAAAGAACAGACACGUGAGAGACAAAUUAACAUUAAAAUAAAGGGGCAGCGUUAAAUAGUGAAACCAUUAAAUAAUCAGUGUAUAAUAAUCAGAAAAUGUGCCUUUAUGAUGUGUACUGUACAUGUGUAUGGUCCCCUUGUGCGAUGCCAUUGUGCCUGAACACAUCCUGUGUGGACACAGAUGGACGACUGCUGCUGCUUCUCUGCUAGCACGCUGCUAAUGCUACGCCUGCUGUGUACACGUGGUGCAGGCUAACCCGCCGGCUGUAGCUUCAUAACCAUAUCCAUUAAGCCUCCCUUUUUCUUAUGUUAAACAGCUAUUUUGUAUAUAUUUGUCACUGUAUUUAUUGUUUGUUUUUUUCCUAUGAAUGUUUAAUAUGUCUGUUUUGUUUGUGUGUGCACCAACCACCAAGGCAAAGUCCUUGUAACGGUAACUUACUUUAGCAAUAAACCUGAUUCUGAUAAAGA